AUUGGAGGAACGUGUUUAAAAUGUCUGAAUGGUCGAAUUAGUGUGUUUAUCAAUACGUGAUGGCCGUGUCAUGUAAAAAGAAGCAUUCUGUAUUUUCGAUGCGAUGCAAGAAAUAAUUCACUCGUAAUCAAAUACAGAUGGAAGUGUGGAAUGAAGUGAUUCGAUCUUUUGCCAAUUUGCUUUUACGAGUAUUAUCUUAUCUUGGAGUUCGAGACGAUCAUAAAGAAUUAGAUUUAAAUAAGAUGAAAAUUAAUAUCAGAUUCAAUAAUAAUACAAAUGUUGUCUUAGAUCUUAAGCCAGAAUGGACUGUUGCUAAGGUUAAAGAAUUGCUAGGAUCGAAGCUUAAUACUUCUCCCGAAGAGCUGAGAAUGAUUUUUGCUGGAAAAGAAUUGGAUGAUAAUAUUAAAGUAGAGGAAUGUGAUGUUAGUCAACACAGUAUAAUUCAUGUUGUUCAGGUUAAAGGCAGGAUUCUACCAAUUUCAAAGCCUACGAAAUCAUGUCGUCUUCUUAGUGAAUCAGUUGUAAAACUUCAAAUAUCUGAAGAAGAGAAAAGAGCGGGAUGCUUAUUACAAAAACCAGAGAAAGCUCAUUUUUUUGUUUAUUGCAAUGGUGAAUGUAAAGAUGUCUGUCCAGGAAAACUCAGAGUUAGAUGCAAACUAUGCAAACAAGGAACUCUUAUAGUGUCUAAGGAUCCAACAUGUUGGGAUGAUGUAUUAUUGCCUAAUCAGAUUCCUGGAGUUUGUCAAUCACAGAAUUGUCCAGGAAAUAUUGCUGAAUUUUAUUUUAAAUGUGCAUCACAUUCAGCGACUCAAGAAGAAACAGCUGUGGUAUUAUAUCUUGUAAAAAAUAAUUUUCGAAAUAUUUCAUGUCUCUCCUGUACAGAAAUAAGUUCUGUUGUAUUGGUUUUUCCUUGUAAAGAUGGACAUGUAAUUUGUUUGGAUUGUUUUCACCUUUAUUGUUUGAGUCGACUUGAUGAAAGAACAUUUAUUCAUGAUGAAAAAUUAGGAUAUACCUUGCCAUGUCCUGUUGGAUGUAAAAAUUCCCUAAUUAAAGAAACUCAUCAUUUUCGAAUUCUUGGUGAAGCACAAUAUGCAAGAUACCAAAGAUUUGGAGCUGAAGAAUGUCUUCUGCAGUCAGGUGGUGUUUUAUGUCCAAGGCCAGGAUGUGGAGCAGGAAUUUUACCUGAUCCUGAGUGUCGAAGAAUAGUAUGUGUUCCCUAUGGAGGACAAGGAUGUGGAUAUGUUUUCUGUAGACAGUGCCUUCAAGGUUAUCAUCUAGGCUCUUGUGAUGAAGAAGAGCUAUCUACUGAUGUUAAUAAUGUACAGUACAUGAUAGAUGAUUCUAGAGCAGAAAAUUCUAGAUGGGACAUAGCUAGUAAAGAAAUGAUCAAAAGUUAUACUAAACCAUGUCCUAAGUGCCGAACUCCUACAGAAAGAGAUGGAGGAUGCAUGCAUAUGGUAUGUACCCGUCCACAAUGUAACUAUCAUUGGUGUUGGUUAUGCCAGACAGGAUGGAGUCGCAAUUGUAUGGGAGAUCAUUGGUUUGGUUAAAACAUAAUCGAAUGCUUUCAUCUCUGUGAUAUUUACAUUAAAAAUUUAUGCAGUUUACAAUACAAAAAUCUUUACCGGUUUUAUUCAUUUUGAAAUACAAAUAAUAAGCAACAGAAAUUGACUUUUUUCCAUUCGAUAUUAUCCGCUUAUAUAUAUAAUAUACUGGAUAUAUAAUAAUAUCCAAGACCUUUUUCUUAAUAAAAUAAAUGAAAAAGUAUACAUAAUAUCAAAAGAAACAUCAAAUUAAAAAUUUGUUACUCUGAAACAUA